UAUUUCUCUCUGCCCGCGGUGGACUGUGAUACACAGUUUGGGAGCAUGAAUGUCUUGGGGAUACACCACGGGGUACUCAGGAUGUACGGUGGAUUCAUUUUCAAACAGUGGAAGAAGCGGUUUCUGCGUCUAACCGCAGAAGGCAGUCUCUUUGUAUGCCACGAUGCACUGUCUCCACCUCACCAGGCUGUACUGUUGCAAAGAAACUGUGAGGCAAUUGUUGAAGGCAAGGAGAUCCUAGACCUACCAAAAUUACCUUCUGGGGCAUCAAAAGACAGCUGCUUCGCCCUGAUUCUCACCCAGAAUAAGUACCUGCUGCUGCUGGCUGACACACCCACAGACUGCAGUCAGUGGCUGAACAUGCUGAAAAAAGUCAAAAUGAGUCUGUCAUCACCCCUCAGCCCUUGUAAGCGCCAUCAGGCAGUACCGCCACACAUUACUCUCCAAGAUCUGGUCCCUGAACAAAUUCUGGACAAAGAUCCACCAACUCCACCUGUAAGUGACACAGAGUCAGCCUCUCCAGGACCUACAAGCAAAGCCUCUCCAAGGGAGAACGGCAGAAAUUCCCCACGGAGAAAACAAUACAGACAGAGUGCACAGGCGGUAAGAUGCCUGCGUCAUGGCACUCUCAAUAAUGCCCAAGCGAUGAAGGCAGUUUAUAUGCUGAUGGGAGGGGCUGCUGCCUCCUCUGCCCUGGGCUACCUUGGAGCAUGCUCAUCUUCUAAUCUGGAUGUCAAAGCCGACCUGACGGCCAACACGGAUUUCUCCGGCACAGGACCUGCAGGAGCGUACGACCUUGGAAGUUCCUCGCUCAACCCCCCCCACUUCAACAGCUUUGACUUUGAAGUGGCAGACUCUGAUUUUGAUGCUUUUGAUUGUGGUGGGUUUACUUUUUAAUGAUCCGAGGCCUGGAGGAUUAUAAAUGGGAAAAUCUUAAUUGAUUCCAUAUUUUUUAUGAAAGGGACAAAAUCUUACAUAAGCUUAGAAUUCAUUCUGCUUUUUGUUGAAAGCAAGGUUGAUGUUCUGGUGAAGCACAUUUGCUGGGCUUAAGGUGCCAGAGAAGACAAACGUGAGAACAAAGGUUACAAAGAGGUGAGAGGAUAAACAGAUCUGAGUGAUUAUUUUGAAGCUGAUCAUAAUUAAGAUCUCCCUCUCACUGCCAAUUUAUAUUCAUGUUGUAUUAUUCCUGUGGCAAAGUAUGUAUUACAACAGCUUUUAAAACCCAGUCCAAAAAACUGUAUUGUAGUAUAUUUUAUGUUUGAUUUAAGGCUGUGUUGAUGUUGGUAUUAUACUUCUGCGUUGUCUAACGGUGAUUGUGAAUUUUAAUAAAUGUGAGUAAUCUGUAAGGUAAUGUUAAAAUGAAAGCUGUCUCUUACACUGGUGCUACAUCGUGCAUCCAUAGCAUAUAAUGUGGGGUAUUACAUAAUGCUUAAGGAGCAUUAUUGUAUAACCAUAACUGGAUUUAAAUGGAUCUGCAGGAGAUUUUUCAUUUUGUGACUUCAGAAUUUAACUUAAUUAAAAGCAUUUUUUCUUCACAGCUAAAGUUUUCCCAGUUAUCCACUUGUCAUCCUGUGGGUCUAUAAUGUGUUACUUGAUGUGGAAUUUAAUCAAUUACUUAAAGAAUAAAGCUGGUGUGUGGAACUUUGCUGCA